AUUGUGUGUCAAUUAAAAGCAAUUUUUGGUGGUAAAUUGUCCCGCCGAGUUUUUGAGAAAAACGCUACAGUAACAAGAUUUUAUGGUUUUGUAUCCUUUUCCCAGAUCAUCAGUCUGUCUAGUAAUAAGAUCUAAUUAUUGGGUCCCAAUGUACGGAGCAAUUUGAACAGAUAUUACAAUAUAUUUAUCAGUACGCAACGUCUGACAUGCAGUUUGCUUCAAUACAUGUAUCUGAAGCCCUUAUGUAUAUAUGUAUAAUAAAAAUUCACCACACUCAUUUUUCCUUGAAAAAGAUAUAACUUACGUGCACUCUCGCUAGCAUAUUUAGUGCCUUCUUUACAUCAAGUUUUCCCUCACUUCCAGCCUGAAGCACUUUGUUUGUGUGACUGUUAACAUCUUACGCUUUGUCGACUACAGAUGCUAGCCCAAACCAGCCUCCAACUAAUAAAAGAAUUAAAACGCUCCCAACAAAGCAAAUUACCUCCUUAUGGCGAAGAUAAAAUCCGAUUAUGUUUGGAAGAAAUGCGAGUAUUAUAUGAUGCAAAUCAUCGUGAUGUAGCCCUUGUAUCUAACUCUUCGUCUGGGCCAUCAUCAUCAUUAUAUGAAACAGAUGAUCACAGUAAUAAAAUUCAAUCUGUUUUAGUCAGACAUGCUGUCUUGGAACGUAAUAAACGUUGUCUUCUUGCCUAUCACCAUGCUAGAUUAAUGCGGAUCAAAGAACUACGGUGGGAAUAUGGUAUCAUUUUACCUAAAGAUAUCCGUGAUGGUUUAUCGGAAGCGGAACAAGCAUGGUUUAAACACUAUUGUAGUUGUUUAGCGAAUUUCAUGCAAGCUGAUGGAUCGGAACGUGGAGGUGGUGGAAUGUUAGAUUUAACACAAUAUCGCACACCACCGAAGUCAUUAUUUUUAGAAGUUCGUUGUCUUCAAGAUUUCGGCGAGUUCGAAACAGAGGAUGGCAGUAUCUUACAUUUAACAAAAGGUAGUCAUCAUUUAAUGCAUCGAACCGAUUGUGAGGCUUUAAUUCGUCAAGGUAUUCUUGAACAUAUAACAGAGUGAAAUGAAUCUGUCAUGUGGAAUUAUUAUCAUAUCCUAAAAAGCAUAUUAUACUGUACAUACUCAAAUUUA